UUGUUUAGGGAGGGCCGGCAGCGUUGCUGGCAGUGACCUACGUCGAGGCCCAAGCUGGGGCCCUUGUUGCGCGGGGCCAGUGUGUGACGCCGCUAACCUGCGUCCUCCUUCCUUCCCGAGUCUGGCCCGGGUCUUGUCCUGAGGGAGCAAGCAGUUCGCAGCGGGCAGAGAUGGGCGCCGGUGGCCCCGCCGCCGCCUCUCGGAAGCCCUCCUCUUCGCCUCGCCGCUCCUGAGCCUGCUCUUCCUAUCCGCCCCGGUCUUUCUCACAGGCGACCCCGAUGGAGAGCCCGGCGGCGGCGGCGGCGGUGGCUGGGCCGCCCGUCACCCUGAUCAUCAAAGCGCCCAACCAGAAGUACACCGACCAGACAAUCAGCUGCUUCCUCGACUGGACCGUGGGCAAGCUAAAGUGCCACCUCUCCAGAGUGUACCCCAGCAAGCCGUCUACAAAGGAUCAGAGGCUGGUGUAUUCUGGCAGAUUGCUUCCUGAUCACCUGCAGUUGAAAGAUAUUCUCAGAAAACAAGAUGAAUAUCAUAUGGUUCAUCUAGUAUGUUCUUCACGUACACCUCCGAGUUCUCCAAAACCUGACAGCAUUAGAGAAAACCAUGAUUCAUCACCCUCUAGUAGCAUCUCGAGUUCAGAAUGUUCAAGGUCAACAACUCCUCCCUCAUCUCAAGAACCAUUACAUACAAACGUGAGCAGUAGCUCCAGUGGUGUCAGACAUCGUAACCUUCCACAAGCACAAAGCAAUCCAAUGCAAAGCCAUCCAUUCUCAUAUGUGAUGCAAGGCAAUGUAGGUAACCAAUUUUCUGGGCAAGGGGUGCCAGCUGGAAUUCCGGUGUAUCCUUCUUUCAGCCCUCUACAGAUGAUAUGGUGGCAACAGAUGUAUGUGCGUCAAUAUUAUAUGCAAUAUCAAGCUGCAGUUUCAGCCCAGGCAGUACCCAGCACUGAAUCGGCUAGUCCUCCAGCUCCACAGCCCACAAAUUCUGAGCGUGCACCAGCAAAUGAGCCCCCAGUAGCACCAAAUGUAAUCCCACAAGAGAACAGACCUGCAAAUCAGAAUGUCCAGAUGAAUGCUCAAGGAGGUCCAGUAAUGAAUGAGGAGGACUUCAAUCGAGAUUGGCUAGACUGGAUGUAUACAUUCUCCAGAGCUGCUAUUCUCCUUAGCAUUGUAUAUUUUUAUUCCUCUUUCAGUCGGUUUGUGAUGGUGAUGGGAGCCAUGUUAUUAGUUUAUCUACACCAAGCUGGGUGGUUCCCAUUCAGGCAAGAAGCAGUCCAGCAGCCUGCAGCAAACAAUGUGGACAUGAAUCAUGAUGGGCAAAAUGUAAAUAAUGCUGGACUUGAAGAGAUGGAGCGUCUUAUGGAUGACGGGAUUGAUGAAGACAGUGGAGAAGAUGCCAUUGAUGUCAAUGCAGAACAACAUCCAGGAUUUAUGGCUUCUGCUUGGUCCUUCAUCACCACCUUCUUUACAUCCCUCAUCCCUGAAGGGCCUCCACAAGUUGGCAACUAAUAAAAGAGGAACCACCAGCAGAGAAAUAGUAGAGCAGCUAUGCUUUGACUCUUGGGGGUGUUUUAAAUACAGUGCAAUUUCAAAAAAGAUUUAUAAUGUAAACUUUCUGAUAAUGAUGUAUAAAAAUGUGUAUUGUUUCCUUUUCAGCUUUCUCUUGCUUACCAAUAUUUUCAGCAAACGUGAACUACAAAAUACUUUUUAAAAACUUCUUUGAAGAAGAAAAUGUUAAAAUAUUGGUCUUCCAUGUUUUUGUUUUAAUUAUGUUAACACUGAAACAAAAGCUUGUAGUUUGUAUGUAAUGUCAUCUCUUUAAAAAGCUGUUAAAUUACAGAUGUCAUGAAUAGUAUUUCAGAAACAAGAGCCUUCAUACUAAAAUGGAACCUGUGUAGGAA